AUGGAAGGGAGAAGCGGCCUAGAUAAGGGUGUGGGCCUUGACAGCCAUGGCCAGCUUGACGACGGGGGGCUAGUACCUCAUAGGAACGAGUCACGGGGAGAAAGGAAGCGAGGGGGACGGAAGGGCAGGGUGGAGGAGGAAAGAACUGGACGCGGACCGCGUGGGAAGCGGUGCGCCGAGAAGGGGCGUGGGCUGCGUGGAGGCCGGGCUACAGGGGCUCCCGGAAGCGCCCGCGGGGCUGAAGGGAGGGCGGGCUGUAGGGAGGUCACGGAGGCUCGGGGAGGCGGCGUGGGGGGACCCGGGCUGAGGCCUGGCGGGAGCGCGGCCGGGCGGCUGCCCCGAGCCGAGAGCGAGUUCCGGCUCAGCGCGGCAGGUCCGGGAGCGCUUCCCGGGUGGGGCGGGGCCAGCGUGCAUUUCCUGACACGCCUCCGGGCCGUCUUAAAGGGCCCGCUCGCCCGCCCGGCCCGCGGCCGCCAGGAGCGCGCAGGAUCGCCAACCUGGAGCGCGCCGGUGUGUCUGCACCUGUGCCCACAGUCCUGCCCUCUUCUUCUGGGAACUCUCGGAGGUCAGGGAAGGAUUUUCAAGUUCUGGAGCCUCGCCCGUUUCCUGGAAGGCUGUGUCACUCUCCCCGCCACCCUCACUGUCUUUCCCCCUGGCCUCUUUAGAUCGACUAGACUCGGCCAGACCUAGUCAGGAGGACCUGAGGUUUCGGAGACCCCAGCAGCACUUCCAGGGCGUGCCAGAAAGCCACAUCACCAUUUCCAGAUAAAGUUCCUUCUGGACGGCCAGACCACAGCCUCUGAUCCUCUCAACGCAGCACCCCCUGCCCGGGGUCCUUCCCCUCCCAGAACAUACCGUCCUCCCUCCGGGCUCGGCUCUGGUGUCCUGGCGCGCGCUCCCGGCUAAUGCAGGGAUCUGGCUCUCACCCCCUCGGCGGGGCCCUCGAGCGCACCUGCAGCACCGCCCUCGGCUGCACCUACAGGGCCGCCCAAGCCGCGCCCCCAGUAUGAUUUCCCGCUUGCUGUCCCCAGCUUGCGCCACGUCGGGCUCUGGGUGAGGUGGGGCGGGAACCCUAGGGGCCCAGCCAGAAGGCCCCUUUCCUCUAUCUAAGGCCGACCCCAUCUCCCUCGGGACUCCUGUUCUGUUACCGUCGCAGGCCUAUCCCUUGACCAGGCUGCGUCCCUGGCCCUGCGGGUCCAAGCUGAUGCUUCCAGAAGGGCGUGGGUGGGAAAACUGCCGAAAGCCGCCGCUACCUGAGGAGGGUACCCCCUUACCGUCCCGGGGACCAAGGCUGAGUGGGCCACCAGCUCCAGGCCUUUUACUCCCAGGCAGCUGGGAGGCCUGACUUCUCUCUGGUUUCUUCCUAAUACCGUUGUUGAGCAGGCAAGUUUGCCUCCGGCUGAGCCGGUUUCUUUGUAAGCUAGUGAAAGCAGUGGGUUCCAGCCUUAUUGCUUGUGUGGGUGGUCAUAAAGAUGUGUUUAAAAUAUUUCGAUUACGAUUUUAUUAGCCGGGCCUGAUGGUAAAGGGCCUGUAAUCUCAAAUGAGGUAGGAAGAUCGAAAGUGCAAGGCCAGUCUGGGUUACAGAGUAAAUUCAAGGCCUGUCUGGGCAACUUAGUGAGACUUGUCUCGAAAUAAAAUGUGGGCGUGGGCACACAUAAAGAGACAUGAAUAAAGGCUUGGGGAUUUAGCUCAGUGUUCUAUAGCUCAGUGUUAGAAUGCUUACCUGGCACACACAAGGUCCUGGGUUCAACUUGCAGUACAGCAAGGGGGAAGGGGCGGAGGAUAAGUACUAUUUGUCAAAAUAUUAAAUUGGAACACAUUUAGCUAUAGAUAUCCUGAUUUUUAUGGACAGUUCCACUCUACUCUAGGAUAGAAGUGGUACUGGUUGCCACCGGCCAGCCUGAAGAGACAAGAGCUGUAUUAGGAGACGGAGGUCCCUGCCCUGUCUUAGCUGUACAUGGGGGGAGGGCUACAUGUGAUGUGACUAAGGAAAGGUAUUGGGGAAAGUUGCCAGAUGGUUUUGUGCACUGUGGAUUCAGAGGCCGAUUUCUGUGCCCAGAGAUCUGGUUGCAGUGGGCAUUGUCAUUUCUAUGAAGACUCUCCUGUCUCAAUGUUGUGUAAAAACUGUUCUGCAUCAUCUCUGAUUGUUUAAUAAAGAGCUGAACAGCCAAUAGCUGGGCAGGAGAAUUAGGGUUGGACUUCCAAUGAAGGUUGAGGAGAAGGAGGACAGGAGGUGGACAUGAGGAGUUCACCAUGAGGACAGACAGAUGGAGCAGAAGCAGCUAAGAUGAUACAAAGAUGGCAAGUAGCAUGAGGCACGUGGCUGGGAAGUAGCCAGGCUAGUCUAAUCGGGUUAGAAUAAAUCAAUAUCUGCCCAGCUUAGUCCCUUAAAGCCUAUUAAUAAAUGUAAUAGGUCUCUGUGUCAUUAUUUGGGAGUGGGAAUGGGAGUAGAAAAUAAAUUAUAUUAUUUUAUCAGAAAGUACUUAUGAGAAUGCUAUCAUCCUUCAGGAGAGGCUUUUAAGGUACACUGUCAGGCCUGCAGUGGGGGAAGGGAGCCCUCACAGUGGGGGAAGUUGCUCAAAGGACUUCUUAAGUCAUGUUCUGGUCACACAGAAGUUGGAUUCCAGGCAGAAUCACUAGCAAUGUUACCAAUUUUGUUUGGGUCAUUUUUCAGAAAGGAGUUUGUUCUAGGUGGCUUAAGUAAUUAUGUUGAAAUUCUUGGGUGUGAGCCAGGGAGAGACCAAACCAGGCGUCUGAGGGGUCUUUCCCCUGCUCGUGAGUGUCCCUUCACUGCCCUUUCACAGCAGCUCACACCCAGGCACCGGCAGGACAGCAGGGGAUUGGACAAUCAUUAACAACUAUUUGCCUUUUUUGCGAGGACUAUCCUGACUCAGGCAAGCUGGCAUUGGUCUUCAGGAAAAACUGAUCUCUUUUGAGAUUAUGUUGGGCUGCUUCCUUGAAGUUGUUUGAUUAUGUGGCAUUCAGCGCAAUUGACAUUGUAAUUGAGCUCCAACUGUUUCAUCCUUGGUGUGCACAAAGUCAAUGAGCUGAACCAGGAAAUUAAGGUCUGAAGAUGUCAGGGCAAGUGGGUCAUGGCUAUAAUGCCAGUGCUGGGGAGGUUUAGGAAGGAGGAUGGUCAGUUUGAAGCCAACCUGGGCUACAUAGUGAGUCUCAGGUCAGCCUGGGCUACAUAGUGAGAACUUGUCUCAAAAACAAAAGCAACAGGGCUGGAAAGGUGGCUCAGUAGGUAAGGGUGCUUUCUCUGCAAGCACGAGGGUUGAGUGCAAAUUCUCAGCUCACACAUAAAGUGCUGGACACUGAGUGCCUCUUAAUCACAGCUUUGGGGUAAGGACACAUAGCAUUGGGCCAACUGAUGUCAUUUAUCAGUUCACAUGUCUCAGGAUCAUCAGGAUGAACUAUCUGUCUCCAGAGCUUCAGCUCAGCAUGGUCACCACUGCUUGAUGCAGCUCUCAACUCAAAUUGCCAAACUACUGCAAGUCUGGACUCAGUCUGUGUAUUGCCUUCCAUAAAACAGCUUUAAAGUUGGGCACAACAUACGGGGGUUCAUUAUUAGAGUUUUCUGGGGCUGGGGAGAGGUAGGCCUUUUGCUGGUACUUUCUCAGAUCCUACUACUUUUCUCCUGCAGGAGGGUUUGCAAGUUUUUCUGUAAAGGAUCAGAGAGCAAAUAUUUAAAACUCUGGAUACUAGAUAGUCUCUUAAUAGGACUCAACACUACUAUUUUAGUAUUGUAAACAAAUGGGCACAGCUUCAUUUCAAUAAAACUUUAUAAGAACAACUAGUGAACAACAACAGCUUUGGCUCACAGGCUAUAGUGUUCUUCCUAUAUUACUGUAUUUUCCUUCCUUCUAAUGUUACCCAUAUUUUGUAAGCCAGUGUAUCCACCUGAACUACUUACUCCUAGACUCUCUUACAGCUAGAGGUGACCAUGUAUUAUACUUUUGGAUAAUGAGUA